GCUUGGGUAUCACCGGGCCAUUUGAUCUUCCGCAUAAGACUUUUUCGUUGAUUUCCUUUUUUUGGGCGAGUUGUCUGUACUUCGCUCACUCCCAAUCUCAUCCCCUCUCCUUCUCUCUCACACCAGCGCUUGAACCCUAACCACCCACCGCCAUCAACAUCGCCUUAGGUGCUACUCGUUGCCAUACCACCCAUAUUGCCUUCUUCCAUCUGUUUCGAAUUUCUUCCUGCGCUGCUGCUGGAUACCUUCUGUCUUACCUUAUAUCGAAAUCUGAAAACCAUGGCUGAGUUGGUGGCUGGAGCGUUGCUUACGUCUUCCAUUCAGUUGGCUCUUGAAAGAUUGGCUUCUUGUGACAUUCUUGACUUCUUCCGUGUCCGAAAGAUCCAGGAUGGCUUCUUGCUGAAAAGACUUGACAUUACCCUUAAUUGCAUCGACAAAGUUAUUGAAGAUGCUGAGGAAAGGCAAUACAGAGAUCCCCCUGUGAAGCGUUGGCUUGAUGAGCUUAAGGAUGCUGUGUUUCGGGCUGAGGACCUGAUGGAUGAGAUUGCUACUGAGGCCUCUCGACAGAAGCUGCAACUGCAAUUUCAUCCCGCAACUGGUAAACUACAUAACUGCUUUACUUCUAUUGUCAAUCCACGUGGAAAAAAAAUUGAAUUAAGGAUCAAAGAAUUGGUUGCUCACCUUGAGUUCCUUGCAAACAUAAGGGACCGGCUGGGUUUGAGAGAAGUCUCUGGAGUUCCUAGGAAAUAUUUUAAAAAAUUACCAACAACAUUUUUGAUAGACGAAGCUGAUAUCUAUGGUCGUGAUGCUGAUAAAGAGAGAAUAAUAGAGAUAUUACUAUCACCGAACAUGGGUGGGAACCAAGGACCCGUAGACGUGAUUGCCAUUGUCGGCAUGGGUGGGGUGGGGAAGACAACCCUCGCACAUCUUGUAUACGAAGACCAAAGGAUGAAAAAUAAAUUUCAGCACAGGGCUUGGGUGUGUGCUUCAGAAGAAUUUGAUGUUGUUCAAGCUACAAAGGCAAUCCACCAAGAACUCAAUUGUUCCACUGCAAAAUCAGAUGACUUGACCUCGUAUCAAUGUCAGCUAAACGAGAAAUUGAUGGGUAAGAGUAUUUUUCUUGUUCUUGACGAUGUAUGGAAUGAGAAUCGUCAAAUUUGGGAGGCCUUCCGAACUCCUUUCAAAGAUGCAGCUCAAGGAAGUAAAAUUCUUAUAACAACCCGUUAUAUAAAGGUAGCAGAAGUCAUGCACUCUUCCCUUACAUAUCCUUUGAAACCAUUACAAGUUGAAGAUUGUUGGAAAUUAUUUGUAAAACAUGCAUUUAAUGACCAACAUCAUGGUGAAGAUAAAAAUUUUGAAUCGAUUGGUAGACAAAUUGUUGAGAAGUGUCAAGGAUUACCUCUAGCAAUAAAAACAUUGGGAAGUUUGUUGUAUACUGAACAUUCUUGUCAAUAUUGGGAUAAGAUUUUGCAUAGUGAUAUCUGGAAUUUAUCAGAGGAUGAUAGCAAUAUAAUACCAUCUUUAAGAUUGAGCUACCAUUAUUUACCUUCAAAUCUUAAGUGUUGUUUUGCUUAUUGCUCCAUCUUCCCUAAAGGUUAUGUCAUAGACAAGGAUGUUCUAAUCCAAUUAUGGAUGGCAGAAGGUUUAUUGCAUUCCAAUCAAACAAGAGGGAGCAUUGAAGAAGUGGGCAAGGAAAUUUUCAACUCUUUGAAGUCAAGGUCAUUUUUUGAAGCAUCAAAAGAAAGCAAUAAAUACAUUAUGCAUGACCUUUUAAAUGACUUGGCAAAAUCUGUGAUGGGUAAGUUUUGUCUACGGCUAGAGGGUGAUUGGGCCCAAGAAAUUUCUAGGGAGACUCGUUACAUUUCAUUCCCAACCUAUGAUAUCAACAACUUAAAGGAUAUUUCCCUGUGCCACCAAUUACGUUGCUUCCUCAAGUUCCAAAAUGGUUAUGUAAAAGGACCAGCAAGGCACUAUAAGCAAAAGAAAGAUAAAUUGUUCAGUGUGUUUCCUCAUCUAAAAUACAUGCGGGCAUUAUCUUUGAAUGGAAGUUGCAAUGUUGAAGGGUUGAUAAAUAAUAUUAACAAUUUGAAGCACUUGCGUUAUUUAGAUCUUUCUGAGAGUAGAAUUAUGAAGUUGCCAGAUUCAAUUUGCUCAAUGAUUAAUUUGCAGACUCUGAAAUUAAAAAAUUGCUCCCUCUUGAGAAAGUUGCCAUCGAAGUUGUACAAACUCAUUAACUUGCAUCAUCUUGAUUUGGAAAAUUGUGUCAUAGAGAAGACCCCCAAAUACAUGGGACAACUCAAGCAUCUCCGGACAAUGACUCACUUUGCUGUGAGGAAACAUGAAGGAUAUGAUCUAAAAGAAUUAGGAAGCCUAAAUCAUUUAAGGGGUACAUUAACUAUUUUGAAUCUAGAGAAUGCAAGUGAUCCUAUGAAUGUCCAAGAGGCCAAUUUGAAAGAGAAGCAUUUGUAUAAACUAGAUUUGAAAUGGAGAUGGAUUCCAGAUCGCAAAGUGCCACAAGAACAGGAAGAGUGCAUAUUGAAGGCUCUUCAACCAAGUUAUAAUUUAAAACUGCUAUUUAUUGAAUGCUAUGGGGGCGUUAGAUUUCCGGAUUGGUUGGGUGAUCCUCAUCUCAAUUUGGUAUCUUUAUGUUUGUUGAGUUGUACAUUUUGUGUCAACUUGCCACCACUUGGGCAACUACCUUUCCUUGAGAAACUUAGCAUUGGGGGAUUUGAUAGAAUAACGGUGAUUGGUCCAGAGUUUUAUGGCAGUGGCUCCUCUACUACUCCCUUUCAAUCCCUUUCACAGUUAAGUAUUUGCGAAAUGAAACAAUGGGAAGAAUGGAAUAUCAGCUAUGAAGGUGCUAGUUUUCCCCGUCUUCAAGAACUUUUUAUAUGUGAUUGUCCGAAGUUGAAGAUGCCCUUACCUCAGCACCUUCAUUUAAAAAGGUUAGAAAUUCAUGAGUGUCCCAAUCUAAAGACUCCAUUCCCCAAGGCCUCUACUAUGGAGGAGCUAUGUCUACAAGAUUGUGGGAACUUGUCAGUAAGACAAACCAGCAUGGUACUUGGCAGAAGUGCUUCUGCCUCUUCGUGUUCAGCCAUAGAAUCACUUGCCUGAGGAUGGCUUUCCCACAUCCUUUAUGAAUUAAGAAUGGAUAAAAAAUGAUCUAUUGCCUUGUUACAUAGCGGCAUGCCACUAGCCCUUCUUGGUGUUCGAUAGCGGGUUUGAUUUUUCAUGCAGCCUCUUGUGAUCCAAAAUUAAAAUGUCCAUUUCUCAUAGAGGACAAGAUUUCCUAACAGUUUUCACAUCCCUCGUGUAUGCGUCUGAUGAAAACUGAUUGAAGAUCACACUGCCUUCAUAUGGACUUUCUCUUGAUAACACUUGAAAUUUGUUUGUUAUAUUAGGUAGCUUUGUGUGAUAAAUGGCCUCUUUUUAUUUAUUUAUGAAAAUGACCUUUUGAGUAAUUUGUUUUAUACAAUUAAGUACAAGUGUUUCUUAAUCAAGAUUUUAAUUAGAUCAAAGGUGAUUUUUAACCAGGCCUCCUGAGGCUAAGGCUAGUCUAGGUAGUAAGGGGUGGAAGGAGGUGUAGAUAAAGCUUCAGGCUUCAAAAUCACACGAUCUAACCUAGAAAAGAAGUCUAUCUUUAAGCACACAAUGUUUCUGUUGGUACUUAAGAUUUUGUAAUAAUUAGAACCCCUGUUUGGCUCAAUAUCAUGUGAUAUGUUUAUUGCUA